UUAUAUUGAACCUUUGUGGAAAAACUUAAAAAACUAAUUAGGCUCGCAAAUAUCGCUUGGUUUUGCAAAUAUCAGAAGACAAACAUGAUAGUGUCUCUUGUCUAAAUAUAUAUGAAAUGGCGGAACUACAACAAAUACGAUUAGAAAUAAAUAAUGCCUUUAAGCUUAGCGGUUUCACUAUUCGCAGAGAAGCAUGUACAUUCUUAGUAGAGCAAUUGUCCACUACAUCGCCACAGGAAAGAAAAAAAGUGAUUGAUAAGUUACUGGCGCAUAUAUUGCAUCAAUGCUUAUCACAUCCUGUGUUAGAGAGGCACCAUUUAGAAGUAGCAUUCAGAGAAUGUUCGUCCGCAGGCCUCGAAGAAACUGAAACUAUCUUAAACGUUAUCGAUGCAUUCAGUGUUCCUAAACUUAACUACGAGAAUGAUAGAAAGAAAUUCAUAAAAGACGUGAAUGCAAGUAAUAAUCUGUACCCAGAACCAAAAUGGAAAGCUCAAUAUUUAAAUGAUAGAUACACAAUGAUCUGGCAGAGAACUGUAAGAAAUAAAUUAUUUGCGAAAGAAACUUUACCUUCAAUGGAAAGUGAGAAUCAAUUUCAAUUGCGCAAAAUAGAAGUAUUACAAAGUUCAUCAAGUAGAGUUGAUAAUGUAAUAGUAUUGGGACUCCUAACACAGCUGACUGAAGGUAAAUAUUAUUUGGAAGAUCCUACUGGCAGUGUUCCAUUAGACAUGACACAAACCAGAUAUCAUUCAGGACUGUUCACUGAAAGCAGUUUUGUUUUAGCUGAAGGCUAUUAUGAUGACAAAGUUUUAAAUGUAAUGGGCUUGGUUUUACCUCCGUCUGAAAGCCGAGCCACUUCAUUACCAUUCUUUGGCAGUUUAAAUACCUUUGGUGGCAAAUCAAAGUCAUUGUUAAAGAAUUCACAAAACCUGUUAAAAAUUGAACAAGAUAAUGAGGACGGAAUGAUUGUUUUUAUCUCGGAUGUUUGGUUUGAUAAUUUAAAGGUUAUUUCAAAGUUGAAAACAUUGUUCGCUGGUUAUAACGACUUUCCGCCAAUAGCAAUAGUUUUUAUGGGCGAGUUUUUAUCAUGCCCAUAUGGCUAUGAGCAUAGUACACAACUUAAAGCAGCUUUAAUAAACCUAUGUGAUAUUAUUAUUCCAUUUACAAAACUCAGACAAUCAUGUAAGUUUAUUUUUGUCCCUGGUCGAGGAGAUCCAAUUGCUCCCAAUAUAUUACCAAGGCCAGCGAUUCCGAACUCUAUUACAAAGGAAAUAAGAGAUAAGUUAGGUGAUUCAGUAAUAUUUACAACAAAUCCAUGUAGAAUUCAAUAUUGUACACAAGAAUUGGUUAUAAUAAGGCAAGAUUUAGUUACAAAGAUGUGUCGGAACUCUAUCCAUUUUCCUGACACUGGUGACAUCCCAGAUCAUUUGACGAAAACUCUUCUGAGUCAGUGUACACUGUCUCCAUUAUCAUUGGGGGUGCAACCUGUGUUCUGGAAACAUGCAGACGCCCUAAGUCUCUACCCCAUGCCUGAUUUAGUAGUUGUUGCAGAUAAUUUCCAACCUUAUACAAGGACAUAUCAGAAUUGUCACGUUAUGAAUCCAGGGUCAUUUCCCAGGACUGAAUUUUCGUUUAAAGUAUAUGUGCCUGCUUCUAGAACUGUUGAAGAUUCACAAAUCCCAAAUGAUGAUACUUGAAAUUGUAUAUUUAUAUUAGUGUUACUAACAGUAAUAUUAAGCAUUAUCUUUGGUUAUAUGGUAAUCCAUUCUAAGAGUACAAGUUCACACCAACUUUUUACUAUUAUUGAAUAACAUUAUAUCCAUAAAAUAUUAGUAUGAAUAAAUAAUUUGAGUUUAGGUGUACAUAAUCAUUAAGAAUAUGUAUGGUUCUGAUGUUUACAAAGCAAAGGAAAUAAAAAAAAAAAACCUGUUAUUCUAUUUCUUUAUUUAAUCUGUAUUUACAACAACAUUUAAAUCUUAGUUUUAAAUCUAGUGCUGAUUAAUGGAUAUAAAUCUAAAUUAGUAGCCAUGUUGUAACUUAACCAUUAAUGUACUGCCCCCUGACUAACAAAUGUUGUAUAGCGGUUGUAUAGUUACAAAAUGCUUUGUCUUUGUUUUUGAAGUUUAAAAUUAUUGUUGACAGAAAGAGACAAUUCUAUAUUUAACUAUUCACUCGCUAAAUAAUGUUUAUUAGUAAGGUUGUGUAUCAAUAAAUAUUAACACAAAAA